AUUUAUAGUGUUCGUACGAGAUUUUCAGAGAAAUUUUCGGUAAUUUUUGUGAGAAUUUAAGAGAUAGAAUCUUCGAAAAUUGAUAUUAGCUCUUUUCUUGGUAUUUGAAUUACUUUUUUUUUAUAAAAAAAAAAUCUAUUUGAAUAUGUCGGAAGUUGAGAAAAGUGAAAACGGAGAGAUCUACUGGAAUAUUCCCCGACGAGAUCCGUUGCGGAGUUUCAUGUCCAAGAAACAGAAACUGUCGGUUCAAGAAGGAGAGGUAGAGAUUGAGCUAGACUUAGGGCUUUCUCUCAACGGUAAGUUCGGUGUGGACCCACUUGCGAAUAAGAGGCUGCUCGUGCGGUCACCUUCGGUUCCUGAGUUCUUGGUCAACGUUGAUAGAUCGGCGCUGGAUAGGACUUGCUCGUUGCCGGUUGAGACGGAGGAGUUAAGGAAGAGGAAGGAGUUGCAAAGCUUGAGGAGGCUCGAGGCUAAGAGAAAGAGGUCAGAGAAGCAGAGAAACGUGAGGGAGAAACACAAAGCUGACAAGAUCGUAGAUGAAGGAUCUUCUGGAAGUGGUUCCUCUGGCUUGUCCGAACUCGACACUCCUCCUCUUCAAGCAACAACAAACAAGCCCGUAGAAACAAGUCCAUCAAGUGCUCAAACUGCCCCGGCUGCUAGAAACAUCAUAGAAGAAAUGCCAUGCGUGUCAACAACAGGAGAUGGACCCAACGGGAGAAAGAUCGAUGGGUUUCUGUAUCGGUACAGAAAAGGGCAUGAGGUGAGGAUUGUGUGUGUGUGCCACGGAAGCUUUCUAACGCCUGCAGAGUUCGUUAAGCAUGCUGGUGGCCGUGACGUGACACAUCCCUUAAAGCACAUUGUUGUAAAUCCAUCUCCCUUGUUGUGA